AUGGAACCGAAACAGUCAAAACCAAAAACGAAAGGCUCGCCUAAGAAGAAGGGCAGAAACCCCUGGAGUGAUUCUGAAGACGACGGAUCAUUCAGUUCUGGCAGCGAUUUCGAUCAGUCGCCACCUGAAAAGUCUUACUCCCGUCAGGACCACUGCAAGACGUUCUGCUGGUCACUGCCAAACAUAAAAUUCAAUUUCGACGAGAACUCCUCGUCGGAUGAAGAAAUGGAACUGAAGGACAACGAGGCUGUACUCAAUGGAGAUGAUAUAAAACAGGAAAUUGAUGAUGACCUUGACGACGGUGACUUCCACUCAGAGAACAACGUGCCAUCAGACAGCGAGGAUGAGAAACCAAAGAAGAAGGCAGGUGGUGGCCGCAAGAAGAAGCCAGGUUCAGAUGGAGAAUCAGAGCCUAAGAAACCCAAAGAAAGAAACGCUGUUGUAGCACCAGCAAAACCCAAGCCCAAGAAGAAGAAGGGAUCAGACUCAGAUUCGGAGGAGGACGAUUUUGCACCCAAGAAAACUAAAAGUAAAGCUGCCCCCAAGGCCAAAAAGGUGACAUCCACUGCUACCAGUGAAAAUGACAGUGACUCGGACUUUGGAAUGAAACAACCUCCCUCUAGAGCGGUGGAAGAAGACAGGGACGCCCUGUUUGACUCGUUAUUGAUGUCAGAACCAGUGAAGAAGACAACAGUCGAUACUUAUAGCACAGAACCAGAUUCACCUGUAAAAAAAUCAAAAACCUGCCCCUAAACCCAAAAAAGCAGAGACAGCGAAGCCCAAGAAAGCAGCAGCGA